CUGCUGGGAGGUGUGUGAGCAGGAGGACAGGAGGAAUAAAAGCAACCGAGCCCCCCCGCUGCACCCCAUCUCCCGCAGAAAGGGUCCCGGGGAUCCAAGCACAGCUCUGGGGUCCCACUGGAGAGAACUCUCUCAGACAGCUUUCACUGAAGGCUGGAGUUUGUGGUUCCUCUGCUGAGUCUCUCCCAGGCGUGCAGGUGAACAUCUCUGGCACCUACGGCACUCUCAGACACCCCAAAGGCUCUUCACAAUGGCUGCAGGGCUGGAGAAAGCCUGCCACCGGUGCAUAUCUAAAAUUGCCAGCAAUGCAUUCUUUAUAUUUGGGCUCCUUGCUUUCCUUGCCUUACCACUGUCCAUGACAUUUACAGGAAUGAAGUUUUUGGAAGAUUGCCCAGUUCAGCCACUAAUUCCAUUAUAUCUGUUGGUGGGUGGUGUGAUUGGCAGCUUAAAGGUGACUCUCCUGCUGUAUGACUCCACCAGGAUGAGGCAGCUGCUUUCCAAGUCUGUUGUGAUUGAUGAUGAUGAUGACGAUGAAUAUCCCUGGAGGCAGAAUGCUCACAAGUACUACAUCCAUCUAACCCUCAGCCUUUUCCUCUUUCUCUGGUUCAUUCUUGGGAACUACUGGGUUUUUUCUGUGUACUUGCCAAAUUUCAUUCCACCUUUCCAUCAGCCUCAGGAUUAUUGUGACAAAACCUUGUACAUUUUUGCUGUCGGUGUUCUCAUUGUUAGCCACACUGUUCUCUUUCUCCUUAUCUUUUGUAGCUGCUGUGUAUACUUGUUUUCCAGGCAAAGAUACUCUUCUGAGGAAGACUAAAUGCCACAUAAAAAAAAAAGCCCCAGAUGUUUGGGAAAGAGUGUACGACAAAGAACAGGCAAUAAUUCACCCCUGUGUGCAUCUUUGUUGUACUAUUUAUAUGUAAGAUAGCAGUCAACUGCAAGAGGAAAUUGUAAAACACAGUGCCAUCUGGAAAUAGCUAAGCUGGAGUACAGCACAGCCAAUGUAAAAUUGCUGCUACAGAUGCCAGGGCACACUUUUGCUAACUUCUACAUUCCUGCUUUUAACUCUUGGAUAUUCUGUCUGGAGGAAGGUCUUGCAGAUGGCAAACUCCUCAAAAUCAGACCCCCCUACAGUCAUUUUGGCAUGGUAAAUCUUUGCCUAGAGGAGCAGCCACAUUGUCCCUUUUACUGGGAUCUGAACCUCUCUGUAGCCUUGCUGAGGUCACUGUCCCUGCAUUACAGAGGAGGGAGCUGAGACAGAGAUGAAGAGCUGUGUUCAGGUCACCUGGCAUGGCACAUGGACUUUGACAGUAACUUAGAUGCUCCCUAGAGAGCUACCCAGGCCACUCUCAGACCAGCCAGGAAGCAGCUAUGAUAGCCAUACAGGCAUGUGUAAAAAGCAGCCUGGAUAUGGCCCCCAGGUUUCUUCUGCACUUGGAUUAGAAAGCAUCCAUUAUCCAAUUUCGGUGCUAAAAUAGUCUGCAUAUAUCCAUCUCUAUCAAAUACAUCCAAACUGAAGCAAAACUGCUUUGCAAGUCUUCAGCAGAACAAGGAACUGAGCUACUGUGUGUCAGAUCAGUGCUUCAUCCAGUGCUCAGCAUUCCUCAGUCUGGGUAGAUUCCUUUUCCCCACUUUUUGUGUAACAGUAAUUUGUCAAUAGCACAUGAACGCAAAGAUGGUUCUCAACCCAUCGUGAUCAAAUUCAUAGAAAAUCUAAUGAUGUAAUGUUGGUAUUUUUAAUAUAAAAUAUUAUAAGACAUAGGCAGGGAUGUGAGAAUUUCAGGGGGAUAUGUUAAUUUCUGCAGUUCUCUGGUUGUGAUGUGUGAGUCUGAUUUUUUCACCUUGGUGUUAUACAUGUGAAAAACUGUAAUUGAUGGAGAGAUGUAACCCAAACAGCUUUUAAGUCAAAAGCACCAGCAUGCACAGAGAGAGUCGUUUUGUGACAUGUAAAGGAACGAGCCCAUAACUGGUUCUGGUAGAUUGUUUUUUCACUCGUUGAUGAAUGCAGUGUAAAAUGCUCUUUCUGCUUUUGCUUUUGUACACCUCUGUGAAAAUGGUAAGAAUGGAAGGGCUCCCCUCUAUACAAGCACAAGGGUGGCCCCAGGCACAGGAAGAGGAUGUGUGUUUGGGGCAUUUUUUCUGUUAAAACCCACACAAUUGAAAACUAUGUUUUGGAGAAACCUGUAAGUUAUCCUAUGUCUGUGGAAAGGUGAGAUCUGUAAAAGAACUUCAACAAUAUCCCACAGCUGAACAGGCUCUGCUCAACCAUCCUUCCUGGGACAGAGGCUAAACACAGGGUAACAUCUUUGGGAAACACCUGUCUUCAACCCUGAACAUUUAUAUCAAGGACAACUGUAUAGGUAACUAAGGGUAUGUUUGGUAUAUAAAGAUUUUAAUUC